AUGACGCCUUCAGCCUACGUGGCGCCUAUCGUGGAUUCUACGUCGGUUUUCCGGGCUGACAUCUUCAAAGGAAAGGUUCUAUUUUGCACUGGUGGAGGAUCUGGGAUAUGUCGCGGCAUGACAGAGGCCAUGGCGAUGAUGCGGCAUGGUGCCUCUGCCACCAUCGUCGGACGCAAACUCGAUCGCCUCACGCAAACAGCGGAGGAACUCAUGAAAGCUACUGGUCAGACGUGCAUCCCUGCUCAAGCCGACGUAAGGGACCCGACCUCCUUAAAGGAGGCUGUUUCGAAAACCAUUGAGAAGUUCGGUAAAAUCGACUAUGUCAUCUGUGGUGCAGCAGGCAAUUUCUUGGCGCCUAUUUCCGGAAUGUCCGAGAACGCGUUCAAGACCGUGAUGGAGAUCGACACCAUUGGCACAUUCAAUACAAUUAAAGCCACGAUCAACUAUGUCCGAGCCGCGAAAGGGGCCUAUAUCCAUGUCAGCGCUACAUUACAUUACAAAGGAACUCCAUACCAAGUGCACGUUUCCGCUGCAAAGGCUGGUGUAGACGCCUUGUCAGCCGUCCUAGCGGUAGAAGAAGGUCCACACGGUGUACGAUCUAAUGUGAUUGCGCCUGGCCCCAUAUUAGGAACUGAAGGCAUGGAUCGGUUGUCCCCGAAAGGUGCAACUGGAUGGAAACCAGCAUACCCUGCGGGUCGUCUGGGUGACAUCAAAGACAUUGCAAACGCCACUGUCUUUUUGUUUAGCAAUGCGGCGUCGUACAUCACCGGCCAAGUCCUGCCAGUCGACGGUGGUGCGGAACAUUUGCGUUCACAAUUCGUUCCAUACCCACAAGGAGUCCUCGACCCAAGUAGCAUUUCACAUAUGAUCAAACCCAAACUGUGA